GUGGAGAGUUUCUAUAUGGAACAACAGCUUUAAAACAACUUGUUAUCCCGUCACAGCCUUGUGCAUUGUAGCAGUUUAUUUUGUGUUUACAGACAUGGUGAUGCUGAGGUUGGCAGUACUGCUCCUGGCGCUGCUUCUUGCAGCACGCUGUGAAGUCAGAGCCAGGGACCCAGAGGUAGAGGAUGAAGAAGAGUUGAAGGACAUAUCGCAUGAUGGUGGAUGGGGGCAUGGAGUUCCCUUGGUAGGGUUUGGAGCACAGCAGAGCCCUGAAGUCUAUGGAGCUCCUCAUUAUCCUAUCGGUAAUGGACACAAAGAUCCCAGCCAUGGACAUCCCUCUUCAGAUGUGCCCGAGGGAGCAGGGGAUCCAUCAUCUGAAACUGGGACCAAGGGCUCUGUACUACGCACUGGGAAUUGGUGUGCGUUUGUUCACAAGCGUGCUGUUAGUGUGGCAGUAUCCUGUGGAACGGAAAAGUACACUAUCAAGUCCCAGAGUCCAUGUCCUAAUGGCACUCCAGACUGCCAGCUGGUGAUGUACAAGCUAUCCACUCGCCCAGUGUACAGAGAAAAGCAGAAAAUCUUUACUGCACUUCUAUGGCGAUGCUGCCCUGGGCACAGUGGGAAGAACUGUGAGGAGACAGUCCCAGACGGCCAUAUUGCUGACUCUGAAGACUCCACCAUGGCAGGCAGACCACAUCCAGGAGAGCAUGAAGCCACUAUCAGAGGAUAUAACAUACUGACUGGGCCGCUAGAGAAUCAGAACAGAGAGCAGAAUGACUUCCAAAUGUUUGGCAGUCCACUGUAUAAGGCUCAACAGCCUGAUGUAGAGAAUCAAACUGCAAUGGAGCCCAGCGAUGACUAUGAGCAGCACAGCCCUCAUGCUGGCCAUGAACACCGUCACAAUCAAGACUUUGACGGAAGCGAUCCCUAUGCUGUAAGAGAAGGCAUCCUUUAUCCUGAGACAUCUUACCUUAACCAUGGGCUCCUGCCAAUCUUGAAAGAGGCUGUAAUGUCUCAGCUGCAACCUGUGCUGGAUACUUUCAAUCUAACCCUGGAACACCUCUUUAAGGAGGUGCAGGACUUGCAGCGGGACAUGGCUCAACUCCAACAUAAUCAAAGGCAGGGGAGAGUCAGUGAACCUCUGGAGGUUGGUGGUGAGGAGCAUAGUCAUCAGGAGGCUGUUGAGGAAGAGUUAAGGGAGAGUUUACAGAAGCUGGAGGAGGUGAAAUCUCAGUUUCACAACCACCGCAUUGAGAUAGAAGGGAGGCUCCUUGCACAGCAAAGAAUGCUGCUCCACAACCUGACGAAUUUCAAGACUGAUAUGGACCUCAAAAUCAAACGUAACCAAAAGAUGGUACAGGUGAAUCUCAACUCUCUGAACACAUCAAUGUCUGAAGUGAAGCAGGAGCAAGAGAGGAUGGAUGAGGAACUCCAAAGGAUCUGGCCUGAAAAGAGAACUAGUCCAACACGAAGUCAGCCUCACGAGAGCACGGCUGUCUGGGAGGCCAUCACCCGUCUGGACAACAAAGUCAUCAACAACACAGUGAGACUCAGUACUUUGACUGAAGGCCAAGAACAAGUGACUGACAACAUCAAGGACCUCCAGAGUAGAUGGAGGGGUCUGGAAGAGAAAAUAGUCCAGACUGGCCGCAACAGCCAGGUUCAGUUUAUGGAGACUGGUUUGGAAGUGGAAGCAGCCAAAGUAGCAGUACUUGACCGUAUUAAUGAGCUUAACAGCAACAUCAGUGACAUCCAGGAGAACCUGCAAGAUAUGGAGACAGAUGUUGACUAUAUUUAUACACAGUAUUACAAGAAUAUAAGUUCAACAGGUGUGAACUGUGACUGUGUGGCUCUCGGAACAUCUGUGGCACAGUUGGAACAGACUGUAGCAAAUGUGAUAGUGAAUGAAAACAGGUUAGUCCGGGAGGGUGAGGCAGAGGAGAUGUGGGACAAUCGGGACAAUGGUGCUUGGAUUUCAUCCGUGGAAGAUCUGAAACAAGGGCUAAUCAAUGUGAAGACGUCCCUGACCUUUGAACAGGAAAAGAGAAGACUGUUGCAGCAAAAUUUGACCCAGCUCCAGGCCUCUAUCCUGGGCAGCCAGCAAGACAUUGAAACACUCCAGGAACAGGACAGGGCCAAGGUUGAAAAGAUCCAGCACCUAGCUAGCAUUUUCAACACUUUGCUGCAGGAUGUUAUUCGUCACUCAGAGGUACUGGAGAUUUUGCUUGGGGAAGAGGUGCUGGAAUUCAUGGAGUGGUCUCACGAGGACCAGAGACUUUACUCUCUACCGGCAUUGAGGGAAAGCAUCAGGGAUGUGCAAGAGAAGAUGCCUGACAGCCUUAGCUUGGCCUCAAUGUUGAACUCGGCUACUCCUCAAGUGACUGCAGCAGAUGAGCCCUCGGUGCUUGCAGAUUGGGAUUCAGUGGGCAUCAAAAGGAGACGUGGGGAUCAGAGAUUUGACCUGUCUGAGGAACUGCCGGAAUAUUCGGACAAUGACUUCUGGACUUUAGAGAAAAAAGUAGAAGAGCUUGGAACUCAGAUCAGAUGGCUUGAGGAACAUCGUUGUCUUUCUUGCAGAAACUCCACUAAAACUGCUGCAGCUGGUGGCUUGGAGGUCAAACUGGAGACCGAGGUCGCUAAUUUGCGUAAAAACCUUGAGGCACAUCUUGUUGUUUUUAACAACAUUUUCAGUAACAUAGAAGGCCUUGCUGACACUAAGGCUUCUGUAGACUUGGAUAAAUUGUCAGCUUUGAUGAAGAGAAAGGAAGCAAAGCAACAAAAAAAGAAACAGAAGAAGAGACCAAACAAAAGAGUGUUCCAACCAGUAGAACAAGAUCAUUUCCGCAGGAGGAGGGAUGCAUCACUGGAGUCAGCAGUGCUUCGUCAACUCCCAGACAGUCCAUUCAUGUUCCUGGCCAGCAGUGCAAAUGGUGUUAAUGUAUCUGGUGCAGUCAUUUUCCAGAACGUGAUCCUAAAUCAUGGACAAACAUACUUGCCCAAGACGGGCACAUUUCGUGCCCCAACUUCUGGUGUAUACCUCUUUGUGGUGACACUGGACUUUGGACCAGGCCCUUCUCUGGUCCAGUUAAAGAGAGGUGGAGAUGUAGCUGCCUCUUUGCGGCAGACCCAAAGGAAGUUGGGUGCACCUGCUACACGUGUCUGCAUUCUGCAGCUGGAUCAAGGAGAGGAACUCCAACUAGAAUUGGUGCAGGGAACACUAGAGCGCAACCCACAAGAUAACACGUUUGCUGGUCUUCUAAUGCUCCAAACCACCUGAGUGCGAGAUACACUCGAAAGAUGCAAAAUGUGUGUAAGAGAGCAACAAAUCCUGCUUUUUUGCACUGCACACCACUUAAAAUUUCUCUUUCAGGAUCCCAGAGACUAAAGUAGCAGCUUAUGUUGGUUAGUAAUGGUGAUAUUAUGAGACUGCACUGUUUACGUGUUUAUGUGGCCCUGUUUGGUGGACACGAAUGUCAGCAUGAAAAGAGGAGUCUGGAAUAGAAGUGAUCUGGCAUCAAUAAUAUACAACUACUUUAUAUUCCUAUGGCUUACAUACCCUGUACCUAUAAAUCAAACUUUAAAGGCAAGAACAUUUGUGAAAAAUUUGUACUAUCAAGUUUGCACAAAGAAAAACUUACACAAAACAGCUUUGUGUACUAAAAUUAUAUUUUAUAUAUAUAUAUAUAUAUAUAUAUAUAUAUAUAUAUAUAUAUAUAUAUAUAUAUACACACACACAUACAC